CGAAACAUUCCAUUUGUGUUUGAUAGUUGGUGUGCUGCAUGUAGUUGACAUAAUAACAGUUUGAAAUGAAGCUCAGGGCUUCAUUUAGAAAUUACUCUUCUAUUUUCCUAUUUCUUGUAGGCCUCCUUGUGUUUCAUGUGUCAUUGUGGGGAGUGUAAAGGAGAACUAUUGACCAGAGUUUAAGCUGAAGAUAACUUGCAUCUGCGGUAUGCCCCGUGUAUUAGCUUGUAUUGAGAUCAUCUUGUGCUUUAGAAUGAUGGCCAUCUUCAGAUCUCAUGUAGUGCCUUUUCUUGUGCCUCAAAUUGCGCUGCGCUCAUGCACUUUGCAACAUCUUUCUUUGAUUGGAUCAACCAAAGUGGGAUUUGACGACUUUCCUUGGACAACAAGAGUUUCCAUGCAUUUUGUAGCUCAUACGGCAGACGUGCUGGAGGUGGAGGAGAAUUGCACAACAACAACAACAACAAGAUGUUGAUCAACCCGGCAUUUGAUUACUUGAAGAAACCAGAUAGCAGUUGGGAGUUCACAAAUCAUACUGAUCAUCUCAACGUCUUCAAUUAUCAAACCAUGAUUGGGCCAGAACGAUACACCAACUCAUCUGAUUCCAAUAACAUUUGGUCCGUUGUACCACCAAGCACAACAAACAACGUUCCUCUUAAUAAUCCUUCCAUGACUCAGUACUCAGAUUCACCAUCAUAUUUGCCUACGUAUAUUCAUGGUAUACGGAGUCAGACAAGCGUUAACAACUCAUCGAUAGGGCUCAGCAACAAGUUAUGUGCGAUGAGUUUAUCAGGCUUGACCUCCUUCAGUAGCAAGAAGCAGGAAUAUGAGACUUCAUCAUCGGGGAAAAAGAAAAUAUCUGAAGAUAGAUCUGUGGCAAUAUUCAAGAAAUCCAAUCGUGAUUGCUCGAAAGCCUCUACUGCCAUGAGUCAAAUAGGCCUGGAAAACUUGAUGGUAGGGCUCGAUGACAAAUUAUUUGCAAUGACUUUAUCAGACUUGACCUCCUUCAGUAGCAAGAAGCAGGAAUAUAAAACUUCAUCAUCGGGGAAAAAGAGAAGAUCUGAAGAUAGUUCUAUGGCACUAGUCAAGAAGUCCAAGCAUGAGAGCUCAAAAGCAUCUUUUGUCAAGCUACCUAGAGAGAAAAUAAUUUCUCUCCAGCACAUUGUGUCACCAUUUGGGAAGACUGAUACUGCAACAGUACUACAAGAUACAAUCAAAUAUAUUAGUUUCUUACAGGAUCAAGUACAGUUGCUCAGUGAUCCAUAUGUGAAAUCAAGCACAAUUAAGGACAUCAACUCAUGCGGUGGCUUAGAGAGGACGGAUAAUGCGGCGAAAGAGCUUGGCUUGAGGAGUAGAGGACUUUGCCUUGCGCCUAUAUCUUGCAUCCCAGAAGUUUAUCGCUAGAGAACUCGAGACCUGGCCAUUUCUCGAUGCCGAAGUACAGAUGACUCCUCCAUCGAUGAAGGAGAUCAACAAUGCUUUGACAAAAGGUGAAGUCUGCAUCUUGUAGUGAAGUAAGUGAUGAGACGGAGGACCCAUUUUAUCUUUGUAUUAAGCAGGUAAAUAUCACUACUGUCGUCACUUCCCUAAUAACGUUUGUAUUAAGCAGUACCGAAUGUAUAAUGUAAUCUACAUUUGUAUUAAUUAAGCAGGUAAACAUCA